GAUCGCAACUAAUGCUAGCGAUUUCGAUAUAAAAACUCACCGAUACCCUCGAAACCGUAUCACAAUCUCUUUAUUCGUCUAGCAAGAGCACAGCAGCAGCUAGCAACACAAAAAAUGGCAUUCAAAUUCGCCGUCUUCGCCGCCAUUGUGGCCGUCGCUAACGCCGUCGCCAUCGGAUACCCUGCCCCGUUGGGAGCUUACCACGCUCCUCUGGGAGCUUACCCGGCUGUGGCCAAGGUUGCCGCCCCGGUUGUUGCCAAGGUUGCCGAUGACUAUGACCCCAACCCGCAGUACAGCUACAGCUACCACAUUGCCGAUGCUCUGACCGGCGACAACAAGGAGCAGCAGGAGUCUCGCUCGGGAGAUGUUGUGACUGGCUCGUACUCGCUGGUUGAGCCUGAUGGCACCCGCCGUGUCGUUGAGUACACUGCCGAUCCCGUCAACGGAUUCAACGCCGUCGUCCACCGUGAGCCGCUGGCCGUCAAGGCUGUCGCCCCUGUUGCCAAGAUCGCUGCUCCGCUGGCCUACCCCGCCGUCGCCAAGGUUGCUGCCCCGUACGCUCCUUACGGAUACCCAGCCUACGGCAAGGCCAUCCUUGGUUAAGCCCUGUACACCAUCCCUAGACAUAAUCGCGGAACUGUUCUUAAGUCCAGUGCCUAAUGCCUGCGCCUCUUGAAGUCAUUAGUUAACGUCUUCCUUUAUUUAUUUUCCUUACUUUAUUUCUUCCUUCUUGAUUGCGAUUGUGCUUCUCACAAACGCUGUUGCUAAGCUCUGUUAGCGAUCCUUUUCCAUCGUUCUUGAAACUAAACUUUCUAUUUUGUCGAUGAUUUUUGUACAUAUGUAAUGCCAAUACUGCUGCUAUAGACGAAAUGAAUGCAAUUUCGCUCUACAGACAUGUGAUUUGACUGUGUGACAAGAUGUGUGAAACUAUUGUUGUUGCUGUGCAAGUAGGAGUCGUCGGUUGACGAGCUGAAGAAAAUAAAAGCAAUUUCUACAAAAGAAUA